CUUCCGCCGCUGGGGUCAGUUUCCGCCCAGCUUGCCCGGCGUCGCCCGCGCGGCUGGAGUCAAGAUGGAGGAGUAUGCGAGAGAGCCUUGCCCCUGGCGAAUUGUGGAUGACUGUGGUGGGGCCUUUACCAUGGGUACCAUAGGUGGUGGUAUCUUUCAAGCAAUCAAAGGUUUUCGAAAUUCUCCAGUGGGAGUAAACCACAGACUACGAGGGAGUUUGACAGCUAUUAGAACCAGGGCUCCACAGUUGGGAGGUAGCUUUGCAGUUUGGGGAGGCCUGUUUUCCAUGAUUGACUGUAGUAUGGUUCAAGUCAGAGGAAAAGAAGAUCCCUGGAACUCCAUCACUAGUGGUGCCUUAACAGGAGCCAUACUGGCAGCAAGAAACGGACCAGUGGCCAUGGUUGGGUCGGCUGCAAUGGGUGGCAUUCUCCUAGCUUUAAUUGAAGGAGCUGGUAUCUUGUUGACAAGAUUUGCCUCAACGCAGUUUCCCAAUGGUCCUCAGUUUGCUGAAGACCCCUCCCAGUUGCCUUCCACCCAGUUACCAUCCUCACCUUUUGGAGACUAUCGACAAUAUCAGUAGAACUUUUUUCCCAGGAUUUCUUUAACAGAAUGGGCUGUAGUUCAAGAAAGAUUUCAGAAGAUCAAGUUGCAGUCUGUUUUUACAACCAUAGGUGAAACAACUGUGGCCAAAUAGGCUAUGAAGAGACAUUUAGCACUUUUUUCUAUUUAAAGGAACAUGGAGGGGGGGAAUAAAAGAUGUAUUCACACUUGGAUUGCAUUUGUGAUCAAAAUAAAUGUCUAAUACCUUAAAAGAAAAUAUAAUAAGUGCUUAGAAGAUGAAGGACCAAAGGGCAAAUAACAGUGAAACGUGACCAUCAUUUCCUUGGGGACUUCUCUGCCCGGUUUUAUGUGUUCUAUUAUUCAAACAAUAAAAAAACUCCUGGAACUUACUCUUUCUUUUUAAGAUAAGUUAUAGAGUACUACCUUUUCAUACUGAGCAUUUCAAAUAAUGCAUGUUUUAUACUAGUCCCUCAUCUCACUUGAAGUGAAUAAUGUAUAAGAAGAAUUAUGCAGAGUCAACAUGAAUCAUUUCACAGUGAAAUGCUUUAUGGAUUUGAAGGAUAUGGUAACUAUCUUUUACUUUGAAAGUAAACUAUGCUGUCUUGUUUUUGAGGAUGGUGGGUACAAGACUGUUAACUUUAGGGCUACUGCGUCUUGAUUCCUGAUCAUCAGAAACCUCACCAGAAACAACUUGCUUUCAAUAUGCCCAAUUCUGUAUGAGAAGAAUUCAUGCAGGGAAAAGUUUGGUGUUGUGUGCUUGAAAAUAAAAUAUAUGCUGUUUUUAAUGUG